GAGCAGCGCUUCCCUCCCCCAGUGCAGACACUCACUCUCCGCCGGUGCCUCGUCACUCCGCGCUGGAAGAUGGCUGCGGUGGAGCGGACCCCGGUCAAGGAAGGGAUCCGGAUAGCUUCUCUGUGUGCGUGCUGGUACACGGUCAGCUCGGGGGGCAACGUCAUCAACAAAAUCAUCCUGAACUCGUUCCCGUACCCGGUCACCGUGUCUCUGUUCCACAUCAUCUCCAUCGUCGUCUUCCUCCCGCCGCUCUUGCGGGCAUGGGGAGUCCCCAAAACAGAACUGCCGAGCAGGUACUACCGGUGGUACAUCUUGCCUUUAGCCUUCGGGAAAUACUUUGCAUCCGUGUCGGCGCACUUCAGCAUAUGGAAGGUACCGGUUUCAUACGCACACACGGUCAAAGCCACAAUGCCAAUAUGGGUUGUGCUGUUAUCAAGAAUUUUCAUGAAAGAGAAGCAAACCACAAAGGUGUACACAUCACUCAUCCCCAUCAUUGGUGGAGUGCUGCUGGCCACGGCGACUGAGAUGUCCUUUCAUGUUUCAGGAUUAAUCAGUGCUCUGGCUGCCACGCUCUGCUUCUCUAUGCAGAACAUCUUCUCCAAAAAGGUGCUGCGCGACACACGGGUCCACCACCUGAGGCUUCUCAACAUCCUGGGCUUUAAUGCCGUGAUCUUCAUGCUGCCCACCUGGGUUCUGGUGGAUCUCUCUGUGUUUCUUGUUAACGGAGAAAUGUCAGACAUCUCAGGAUGGACUGGUACAUUUUGCCUCCUCCUCAUUAGUGGCUUCUGCAACUUCGCCCAGAACGUCAUUGCAUUCAGCGUGCUCAACCUCGUCAGCCCGCUCAGCUACGCCGUCGCCAACGCCACCAAGAGGAUCAUGGUCAUCAGCAUAUCACUGCUAAUGUUGCGCAACCCAGUCAGCCUUACUAACAUCUGUGGUAUGAUGACGGCCAUAGUUGGGGUCUUCCUCUACAAUAAGGCCAAGUACGACGCAAACAAGGAGAAGAAGCUGCUCCCGAGCUCCAAGCAGGACCUGACGUCCUUUGACAACCCGGCGCUGGAAAAGAUCCAGGCCAACGGGUCAGUGCCUUUCUCCCACGGCUCAGAACAGCAGCAGCAGCACAACUGGAACAACGUGCUGACUGACCACUUUCAGUACAGCCGGCAGACCCACACGACAAACGUCAGCAGCAACCAGCAGUACGUGGUGUAACACAGGAGUCUGUGCUCGCGCCGGGUCGCUGUCAUAGACAUCACUCUGUAUAGCCGGCCCCGCCCCCACCGCAGCAGCGGGUCAUCUCUGCCCCGCUUCACACUUGAAAGUGAAGGCAAGUGCCGUUUGUUCUGAACGAGGAAGGAAAGAGUUGGUGUUGAUGGCCCAGUGACCUGACCUCUCCCAUGCUCCUCCCUGUCUAAACUUCACUUCCUGACAGCUUCAUUUUGCCUGUUUAUUAUUUAGUUCUCACUGUAUGGGAUAGUUUGAGAAAGAACCAAACUCGUAUCGGACAUUUUCAGACAUUUUGGUUAAAAAAUGAAUCCAUGUGAUCCAGGCAGAUGAAUUUGAACGGUGGUUGAUCAGGGAUUUACCCCUCACUGUUUGGAAAUGUUAGAGUUUUGUUUUCACAAACAGCCAUACAGUGUUUUAUUUGUUUUUUGUCAGAGGAAAAGAUGUCAGCUGUAAUAUUUCAGUGGAUCAUAAUGAUUUGAUUUUAUGUAUUUCACGUUAAAGAUUGUCCUUUUUCUUCAUGAGGCAUUUGUCAUGAUGUGAGGAGAAACUAAGUAUUUAAUUUGUCCAAAGUCUCCAGAGGCAGAUGGGAUUUGUUUGGGGAAUGUGAAGGAUUUUAAGUGGAUGGUCACCUAAGAAAAGUUGGAUGCGAUGUCAGUUUAGCGCUUUGGAUCAGGCUGAAAUAUUUCAACAAUUAGGCGCAUACCUCCGCCAAGACCCCUUAAAUUCAGUCCAGCAGCACCAAAUUGCGCACACUUAUAGAUAUAAGUUCCCUAAAUAUGUCUUUAUAUUUUCAUCAAGAACCAUUAAUUAUUUCUUGAGAAAAACCUGAAAAAUAUUCCUGGAUCAAAAUUUACUCAAUUCUUUCUUCUUUCAUGCUACAUCCUUCCACCAAGUGUUCUUGGAAAUCCGUCCUGUACUCUGGUGUGUCAUCCUGGUAGCAAACAGACAAACAGACACAUGCAGAUGAAAACUGAAUCUCCUGGGUAACUAUUAGAGACGUUUCUGAUGAAAUUUGAACAUGCAUUCUUGGUCAAGAUACAAACUUUCAUAUCAAUACAUAUCAAUAAUUAUCACGAUAAAUCUGACGAUAAAUAAUUUAUUUCAAGUUCAAAGAAGGAUUUUUUAAAACUACUUUAUGAGCCAAGAAUGACAAACACUUCAUAAACAGCAAAACAUUUUAUAAAUCUGCGGUUGAUCAAUUACCUGUUAUUUCACCUCCUAUAUAUAUUGGACUUUUGUUAUUUUGCUAUUAUGGAAAUUUUAUUGUGAUAAUUGUUAUUAUCGUUUUAUCGCCCAGUCCUAACAUGCAGUGUCCCUGUCUUUGAAUUGAGACAAAUGCAGUGAGACAGUUUCUGUUGCUCUAACAGUCGGUGGCCUCUCACUGAAGUUUCCUUCAUGCUAACAAGGAACUAAAUGUUUGUUUUCAUGGACCAUUAAUGUAAAAAGUAAAAAUUUAUAUUUGAUUGAUCAAAACAAAGCAUCCUUAUAUGCAUAUUGCAGAAUACUCGUGAUUCACCUUUCUUAGGCGUCUAACCAUGUAAAAUGUAAAGGAUGUAAAAAUGAAUUGAUUUAAACCAAUGAAUAGUGUUUAUUUGAUUGAUCAUUAGUAUUUUUUGAUCUGUGAAGCUUCUCAGGCAGUGAAAUCUUUUUCCUCCUGCCUGGCGAUUUAUUAUAAUUUUUUCAGCCUGAACCAAAGCUGCUCCAUCAUGUUUCUUGUUUUUUAACAGGGGUUCAUGUCAAGUUUACACAUCAUGAAACAACUACAUGUGUGAUGCAGACAAUGACCAUCUGUCAUGUGGGUUCACAGUCUCGCUGUUUAACGUAAAGCGACAGACUUUGAUUUACAAUGACACGUGCAUGAAAUCAGAGGUUUGCUUUGUGCAAUUAAAGUUUCAGCUAUAAUUUUAGGUGGACCUGAGGCUUGAUUAUCAUUAUUGAUAAUUGAUAAGCAUUUAUGUUUGAAAAGCCUUUUUCUAACUGCUUGAACUAUUUCAUUUAGGAAUCUGUCACAUUUUCUCCCAAGCAUGAUUUCUUCUGUUGUCUCUAAUGCACUCUGAGCAUCUCACUGCAGCAAUAUAAGGGUUUUAUUUUUUUCCUCUGUAACUUAACUUUGAAAUCAGCGUUGUAUAGUUUUGGUGAAAACACCACAUUACUUUUUUAAGUGCCAUUUGUAGCCAGCAAGCUUGUUUUUUUAGUCCCUAAUUCAUAGUGCAGUUAUAUUUUAUUAAUAUGGCUUUUUUCUUUUUGUUAAAGUUUACUGUGUUUGCCUUCUCCGAUAGUUUUAAAACACUGUCACAGUAUUUAGUCCCAAACUGAUCCUGCACAGAUCUCUCUGGGAUUUUUGCGUUCUGGGCCUCUGAGACGAUUCUGUUAGUCUUUGGGACUUUCACUUCUUGUUUGGAUUCGCAGAGGAAAUUACCUGUAACUGCUGAUGCUGUUUUUGGGGUGUUGGGAUUACAAAGCUGCGGUGGUUUUUCUACAGAAAGGAGAGAAAUCUGAAAUGCUUUGAUAGAAAACCAAAUGUCAGGUCCUGUUUUAAAGAAAUCGUGAAGUUGUCCGUUUUACACUGACUGACCGAAAAGUGCGAACACCUGAGUAGUGAAAUGUGGGUUUACACAGCCCUGACACAAUGAUACAUUUAAUGUUCAGGCUGCUGCUGUAGCUCUUUGUGUUGACAGAUGUGCACUUUGCGACUGUUGCACUGUAUUCAAUUUAAACGUAUGAGCAGAAAUAUCCUUAAAACAACAGACAAAUUUACAGAGUGGGGCGUUCAGCAGCUGACGAGUUGUUGAGAACUGAAACAGAGUUGAAAGAGGAAUCGAUUGUCAUUUCAAUUCAACUUCAAUUGUCAAAAUCAGAUUAAAGCUGAACUGUGGAUCAAUUAAAAAGCCUUAGAAGUCAUUUAAAAACCAGCAUUUUGCUACAAUAUGCAAUGAAGAAACUCGAACUAUAAUGAAUCCUGAACAGAGUUCUGAAUAUUUGUUACAGCAGCAGCUCUUCUGGGAUCAUGGGUAAUAUCCACCAUUGUGUUUUAGUUCAGUAAGAGAGACGAUGCAGGCUUUGGGUUUCUCUCUAAUCACCACAUAAGGCUGCAGAGGGCGCUGUUGCUCAGUUGAAGUUACAUCGUGUUGCAUCAACUCAAAUUGACCAGUAAUCAAGACAUUUCAGUACAGACGCGUGUUGUGACGAGUCUCGUACUUCAUCUCCAUAGCAAACCAGGUGAAAUGUGACAUAUCAUGCUCUCCUGGACAAAACACAAUCUGUUGGAAUUUUAAAUGUCAAUGAUUGUGAGUUGAUUCAGCAAAAAUCUGCACAUAUCACUUUGACAAAUAACAUUCAGCCAAAUGAAAACUAUAAUUUCAUGUUGUAGUAAUGUAAUGUUUAUGUGUAACCUGCAUCUCAGAGUUUGCACUCAUUUCCCAAAACGUUGUGCUUUGAAUGAAGCAGCAACUAAAGCCAGUGGUCAUUUUGAUGCAUUGAAAGAAAGGAAUUAUGGUGCAAACAGCAUUUGGACAUUUUGUCGCUCCUGCAGCUCCUGUUUUAGACUCUUCCUUUGUUUUCUUCAUGUCCGUCCUCGUGCUUCCGAAAGCAAGAGCGUCACCUCUGAUGCUGAUGCAGCGCGGACGCUCCGUUCACAGGUCGACAAGACGUCAAAUUUAUAAACUUCAACAUGUGGGAGACAUGUUGUAGUUUAUGAAUUUCCUCCUGACUUGAACUCUUGAUUUGGACGCCGGCUCUCUGCUGAAAAAGCCUCUUACUGGGAUGUAAAUGUAGACGAGUGGACAAAGAGGACGACACUUUGUAAAAGUUGUAUAAUUAUUAUUUUUGUGCGUCUUUAAUGGAUCUUGAGAGAGAACUUUUCUUAACCGAUGUUUAUAGAUUUUUAUUUAUGGUGUCACGGUAUGAACAUGUUGUACAGAAGUGCAGCUCAGCACAGUCUCGUCUUAUGUUUAGUAAUUGCUAUUUUUAAAUGUUGGGCGGGGGGGGAAUAAAUGCAUCAUGGAAUACUGAA